ACGGGGCGCAAAGCACAGCCGCGGAUCUGAGCAUGCGCAGUAGCCCGGCCCAGCCUGGCCGCGCUCGGCGCUGGGGGAGGGUCAUCGAGGCUGACGUCCGCGACGCCGGCGUCAGCGCCCCUGAAGAGGAGGGCAAAGACUCCAUCCGCCAUGUUGGAUGCCGCAGAUUCGCCAUAACCGCGCCGGCUCUUUUCUUAAAAAAAUAAAAAUAAAAAGCGAAGCAUCAGCGAGUUGCCCCGCCUUCUCGGUCGGCGCGGGAGGGGGCCCGGAAGGGCCCGAGGCUUUUUUUCCUCCGCGGUGGGGGCGUUGCCAUGGAGACGCGGGCGGCAGAAAACACAGCCAUCUUCAUGUGUAAAUGUUGUAACCUUUUCUCACCAAGUCAGUCGGAGCUCCUCUCCCACGUUUCUGAGAAGCACGCCGAAGAAGGGAUUAAUGUGGAUGAGAUCGUCAUUCCCCUUAGGCCUCUGAGCACCCCUGAACCCACCAACCCAGGCAGAAGCGGAGAUGAGUUUUCGGUCAUGAAGAGGAAGAGGGGCAGGCCUAAGGGGUCCACGAAGAAGCCCAGCCCCGAAGAGGAACUGGCGGAGAACAUCGUCAUGCCGAGCGAGGGCAGUCCGCGGGGCCCGGAGGAAGGCAGAAGCCUGACGCCGAGCAGCCUGGAGUGCGGCAAGUGCGGCCGCAAGUUCUCCAACACGCGCCAGCUGAGGAAGCACGUCUGCAUCGUGGUGCUGAGCUUGGGCGAGGAGGAAGGGGAGGCAGGUAACGAAUCUGACCUGGAACUGGAGAAGAAGUGUAAGGAAGAUGAUCGAGAAAAGGCCCCGAAGAGACCACGGACCCAGAGAGCAGAGAAAGUCCAGAAGGUCUCCUCUGGAAAGGAGGCUGCGCAGAUCUCCGGGGCCAAGAAACCCAUCAUCAGCGUGGUUUUAACUGCACACGAAGCUAUUCCAGGUGCUACCAAGAUUGUUCCAGUGGAGGCCGGGCCCCCAGAAACUGGAGCCGCAGACCCCGAGGCCACGGCAGCCGACCUCGCGCCUCGCAGAGGGUACCAAGAGUACGCCAUCCAGCAGACACCCUACGAGCAGCCCAUGAAGUCCAGCAGGCUAGGGCCCACCCAGCUCAAGAUCUUCACUUGUGAGUACUGCAACAAGGUCUUCAAGUUCAAGCACUCGCUGCAGGCGCACCUGAGGAUCCACACCAACGAGAAGCCCUACAAGUGCUCCCAGUGCAGCUAUGCCAGCGCCAUCAAGGCCAACCUCAACGUGCACCUGCGCAAGCACACGGGCGAGAAGUUCGCCUGCGACUACUGCUCCUUCACCUGCCUGAGCAAAGGCCACCUCAAGGUGCACAUCGAGCGCGUGCACAAGAAAAUCAAGCAGCACUGCCGCUUCUGCAAGAAGAAGUACUCGGACGUCAAGAACCUCAUCAAGCACAUCCGCGGCGCGCACGACCCGCAGGACGGGAAGGUCAAGGAGGCCCUGGACGAGCUGUGCCUGAUGACCAGGGAGGGCAAGCGGCAGCUGCUCUACGACUGCCACGUCUGCGAGCGCAAGUUCAAGAACGAGCUGGACCGCGACCGCCACAUGCUGGUCCACGGUGACAAGUGGCCUUUCGCCUGCGAGCUCUGUGGCCACGGGGCCACCAAGUACCAGGCGCUGGAGCUGCACGUCAGGAAACACCCGUUCGUCUACGUGUGCGCCAUCUGCCUCAAGAAGUUCGUCAGCUCCAUCCGGCUGCGCUCGCACAUCAAGGAGGCGCACGGGGCAGCCCAGGAGACCUUGGUCUUCACCAGCUCCAUCAACCAGAGCUUCUGCCUCCUGGAGCCUGGCGGGGACAUCCAGCAGGAGGCCCUGGGGGGGCAGCUGCAGCUGGCAGAAGAGGAGUUUGUGUUCCAGGGGGUGAACGCAUCUAAGGAGGCGGCCGGCCCUGGGGAUGCUCGGCCCGGGCAGGGGCGGGGGACGCCGGAGACCCCCGUGGAAGUGCCUGCCCCGCCGGUGCGCUCGGCCGCCGCCCAGCUACCCUGUGAGCUGGCCGCCUCCGAGGGGGCCUCGGACCUUCAUCCGCACUCGGUGGUUUCGGAUGAGUUCUUGUUGAAAAACGAUGCCUCUUCCGCGGAGGCUCCGGCGGCUCCGGCGAAGACCUUGGACACCCAGCAGGGAGGCUCCGCCCCGCCCCAGGGCGAGGACGCCACACCACUGCUGCCCAAGGCCAAAGGUGAAGCAGACCCAGAGGUCCAGGGUGCUGAGAGCCCCCCGGCCGAAGGACAGAAAGUGGCUGCCCUCCCAUCCGAUGGCCCAGAUCCCAGCAGGUGUCUCAGGUCGAACCCAGCGGAGGCCUCAGACCUUCCGCCGGGAGCUGGUGGGCGGGACGCGGCCCUGUGCCAGCCUGACUCCUGCACGCCUGCCCCCGAGCACCGGGCCGGCAUCACUGCGUUCAUGAGGAUCCUGGACAGUUUACAGAAGCGGCGCAUGAACCCCGGCCUGUGCGAGAGGAUCCGGAAGGUGUAUGGAGACCUGGAGUGUGAAUACUGUGGCAAACUUUUUUGGUACCAAGUGCAUUUUGACAUGCAUGUCCGCACCCACACCCGGGAACAUCUGUAUUAUUGCUCCCAGUGUCAUUAUUCCUCCAUCACCAAAAACUGCCUUAAACGCCAUGUAAUUCAGAAACACAGUAACAUCUUGCUGAAGUGUCCCACUGACGGCUGUGACUACUCGACUCCAGAUAAAUAUAAGCUGCAGGCACAUCUUAAAGUUCACACAGAGCUGGACAAAAGGAGUUAUUCAUGUCCUGUGUGUGAAAAGUCUUUUUCAGAAGAUCGACUGAUAAAGUCACAUAUCAAGACCAACCAUCCCGAGGUUUCCAUGAGCACCAUUUCCGAGGUUCUCGGGCGGAGGGUCCAGCUGAAGGGGCUGAUUGGGAAGCGAGCCAUGAAGUGCCCGUAUUGUGAUUUCUAUUUCAUGAAGAAUGGCUCAGACCUUCAGCGUCACAUCUGGGCUCAUGAAGGGGUGAAGCCCUUCAAAUGUUCUUUGUGUGAGUAUGCAACUCGUAGCAAGAGUAACCUCAAGGCUCAUAUGAAUCGUCACAGCACCGAGAAAACCCACCUAUGUGACAUGUGUGGCAAGAAAUUCAAAUCAAAAGGGACGCUGAAAAGUCACAAGCUCCUUCACACUGCUGACGGGAAGCAGUUUAAAUGCACCGUGUGUGACUACACGGCAGCCCAGAAGCCACAGCUGCUGCGGCACAUGGAGCAGCACGCCUCCUUCAAGCCCUUCCGCUGCGCCCACUGCCACUACUCCUGCAACAUCUCAGGCUCCCUGAAGCGGCACUACAACCGGAAGCACCCCAGUGAGGAGUACACCAACGUGGGCACCGGGGAGCUGGCGGCCGACGCGCUCAUCCAGCAAGGUGGUUUGAAGUGUCCCGUGUGCAGCUUCGUAUACGGCACCAAGUGGGAGUUCAACAGGCACUUGAAGAACAAGCAUGGCCUGAAGCUGGUGGAGAACGAAGGAGAUCCCAAGUGGGAGCCAGCAACCGAGACUCCCGAGGAGCCCUCCACGCAGUACCUGCACAUCACAGAGGCGGAGGAGGACGUUCAGGGCACGCAGGCGGCCGUGGCGGCGCUCCAGGACCUGAGAUACACCUCAGAGAGCGGUGACCGGCUUGACCCCACAGCCGUGAACUUCCUCCAGCAGAUCAUCGAGCUGGGCACCGAGACCCACGAUGCCACCGCCGUUGCCUCGGUGGUUGCCAUGGCGCCAGGGACGGUGACCGUCGUGAAACAGGUCACCGACGAGGAGCCCAGCUCCAACCACACGGUCAUGAUCCAGGAGACCCUCCAGCAGGCCUCUGUGGGGCUGGCCGAGCAGCAUCACCUGGUGGUGUCCUCCGACGACGUGGAGGGCAUCGAGACGGUAACUGUCUACACGCAGGGCGGGGAGGCCUCGGAGUUCAUCGUCUACGUGCAAGAGGCCGUGCAGCCCGUGGGGGAGCCGGCCGUGGGGCCGCCAGUCCAGGAGCCGUAGAGGACACACAGCGGCAGACGAAGGCACAGGUGGGGCUGCCAGGCUCCUCAGGGCAGCCGGGACACCCAGGGCGGGGAGGCCACCGAGCGGUGCUCUCCGUGGUGCUCUCCUCUGCGCGCACUACCCCGGCGGCCAGAUGGGGC